AAGGUGGUCACCGGCCCAGCGCCACGGUGCAAGAUGACUGCCAGCUCAGCGCCAACGCCCAAGAUGGGCGCUGAGGCGUUUUUGGAUUAUUUCUCCAUGCUGUCUAAGAUCCUAGAGAUUCCCAGGAGUGUUCACGUCAUGUCUGCUGAGCCAGCACCACAGUACAAGAUGGCCACCAACCCAGCGCCACUGCACAAGGUGGCCGCCAGCCCGGAGCCACUGCAGAGGAUGGCAGCUACAGUGGGCUUUCCUGAGUUGAGUCAGGUGCCCGUUGACCCUCCAGAGUCGAGUCAGGUGCCCGUUGACCCUCCAGAGUCGAGUCAGGUGCCCGUGGACCCUCCAGAGUCGAGUCAGGUGCCCGUUGACCCUCCAGAGUCGAGUCAGGUGCCCGUGGACCCUCCGGAGUCAGGGUUAGUCACCGUCGACCUUCCGGAGUCAGGGUUAGUCACCAUCGACCUUCCGGAGUCAGGGUUAGUCACCAUCGACCUUUCAGAGUCAAGUCAAGUCACUGGUGAUCUUCGAGGACCGAGUCAAGUCACCGGUGAUCUUCAAGGACAGAGUCAAGUCACCGGGGUUCUUUAUGGGAGAAUUCAAGUCACCAGUGAUCUUCAUGAACAAAGGCAAGUCAACAGUGAUCUUCAUGAACAAAGGCAAGUCACAAGUGAUCUUCAUGAACAAAGGCAAGUCACCACUGAUCUUCAUGAACAAAGGCAAGUCACCACUGAUCUUCAUGAACAAAGGCAAGUCACCACUGAUCUUCAUGAACAAAGGCAAGUCACCACUGAUCUUCAUGAACAAAUGCAAGUCACCAAUGAUCUUCAUGAGCAGAGACAAGUCAGCAUCGAUCUUCUGGAAUCCAGUAUAAACACCAUGGGAUUACCAGAGUCUCGUCACUCCUCUGUGGAACUACCAGAGCCUCUCCACGUCUCUGAUGAACUACCAGAACCGUUCCACGUCUCUGCUGAACUACCAGAGUCUCUCCUCGCCUCUGCGGAACUUCAAGAGACUCGUCAUGUCUCAGUAGAUCUCUCUGAGCACCCGACUGUUCCUGUUGUGGCCACGGAGACUACCCUUAACAUGUUCAUGUUCUAUGUUUCAGACUUGUCCAACCAGACUUGUCCUCCUGUUGGUCCGGCCGCACGGAUGUGGUGGUCUUCUGCUCCGCCCUGGGGGCUUUCUGCCUCGACCACAAGGGAGUGGUGGUCGUCUGCUCCGCCCUGGGGGGCGUCUGUUUCGACCACAUGGACGUGGUGGUCUUCUGUUCCGCCCUGGGGGGCUUCCGCCCUGACCACACGGUUGUAGUGGUCUUCUGCUCCGCCCUGGGGGGCGUCCAUCCUGACCAGACGGUUGUGGUGGUCUUCUGCUCUGCCAUGGGGGGCGUCUGGUUCGGCCGCACAGUUGUGGUGGUCUUCUGCUCCGCCCUGGGGGUCUUCUGUUUCGACCACACGGACGUGGUGGUCUUCUGCUCCGCCCUGGGGGGGGUUUCCGCCCUGACCACAUGGUUGUGGUGGUCUUCUGCUCCGCCCUGGGGGGCGUCACGUGAUGUCCUUCUUGGACUUGUGUUUUUGUGUUUAUUUUUUGUUGUUUUUUUUUGGUCUGUGUCUUUCUUUCUGUUUCCUCCUAUGGACCUGGCCCUCCGUCCCUCCCCCUGAUCCUCCUGCCGGUCCACCUCCCUCCUGGGUUUCUUGUCUGUGUCUUUCGUUCCGUUUCCCUCUAAGGACCUGGCCCUCCGUCCCUCCCCCUGAUCAUCCGCCGGUCCACCACCCUCCUGGACUCCUUGUUUUGUGUUGCACUUCUCUUGUCUCUGUUUCCCCAUUUUACCUGGUUGUCUUGUCUCUGUUUCCCCAUUCUACCUGAUCCUCUUGUCUCUGUUUUACCAUUUUAUCUGUUUCCCUGGGUGUCCACUAGUGGGAUCACUUCCCCUUAGACACUUCACCGUAGGCACUAGAAUUCCUCUAGUCUGGUCCUGUCUUCACAGUAAUUGCACUCCUGUUAAUUGCACCAGGUGCAGGCAAUUUAUUGUCAUUAGCCUCCCUAUAUAUUCCUGUCUUUUCCUGUUGUUUGUAUGGAGUCCUUACCCUUCGUGUAUGCAGCAUUCUCGUCAUCGGAGAUUCCCCUUCGUCUUCUCGUAUUCUGAGUUUCUCCUUAAUCUUCUCGUCCUCCGCGUUCCCGUUCCUUUCUUUUCCAGUUCCCUCCUUUGUUUCCUUUGUUUGUUUUGUUUCGGACUGAUUAUUUGGUUUUGACCCUGGCUUGUUUGAUAACGAUUUUGGAUUACCCUUAUUGGAAUAAAUACCUGCAAUUGGAUCUCUCGCUCUCCCUGUGUCUCUCUGGUACACGAAUCGUCACAGAUGGUAGCCUUGGUGCAAUACAGGCACGGAUAGAGGAGCUGGCUGUCCUCGUCAAAGUACGCAGCCUAAACCUUUACAAACAAACAGAUAGCAACAAGAGGCGACAUAAGAUACGAAGAGUCAUUUUAAAUGACAAACGCCUGGCAGCAGGUGUUGCCGAGUGCAAUCAUCUGGCUGAACCGUCUGGACAAAUUGUGUCACGUGGCCUUGGCAAAAUGAAAACCUUCACACCAAAAGGAUGGUGCAACGCCUGAAGGAGGAAGAAGUAAUCCUCUGUAAGGAAAUGCUGCAACACUGGACAGCACUAAAGACACAAUACUUGACACUGGGAGCCCUUUCUUCAAACUGUCCAACAAACAUUGACUCCAAGCAAGAUGGUGAAGCGGUGCGCCCACGGCGUAUGUAAAUCGGACACUAGAUACCCCGAGAGAUUGUCUGGAGGAGUUGUGUUCUUUCCAUUCCCAAAGCCGAAAACACAACGUGAGCGGUGCCUACAAUGGAUAAAACAGUGUGGACGGCCCCACUCCCAGUUAAAUGCGUUGAACAUUACGAAGCAUAAAUACGUCUGCUCAAAGCAUUUUAUGAACAGAAAACAUUCCCCUGAGUUCCCCAAUCCCGUAAAUGCUGUGCAAGGGCCUAACCCAGCUAAGGAGAAGCUUGGAGGCUGACGAAAGUCGCCCAAAAAAUGACGCAGAAUCUGUGUGCAGGAUGCCUCCUCCGGUUCCAUCUCCACUACUGAUGCAGGAGAGAGUCAACAACAUGCUGUUGAAAGUGGUGAGUGGAAUGCAUUUUUCACAUUACUGCUGGCGUAAAUGUAUUUACUGUAUUGUUUUCCAUUCUCAGUUUAACUUUUGCCAAAAGUAACUCAGUAGUGUAACUCAGUAAAAAAAAUGAACAGUAAUAUGUAAUCCAAAUAUAAAUAAGUGAAAGUGAAAGAGAAAUGAGUGAAAUGAGUAAUAUAGAAGUGAAAUGAGUAAUAUAGAAUAUAUUACAAUGUUAAAGUAACUUGCUCAACACUGCGAACCAAACUAAAGAACAAAAUAAGAAUCAUUGGCACAUAAUAUAGUAGUUAAAGAAGAAUGCAUCAAGCUUGCACUUCAUUUGUUCCCAUUUUGCAACAUCAAAGUGUAUUCUCUCUAGGUGGUAGUCGUCUUCACAUUUAACAAAGAAAUCACACCAGGACAUACCUGAGAGACCAAGCUG